AUGGGGCUCAGGCCACUCCCCAAGACCGAGCAUCUGGAUGGGAUGCCAGCCGCGGACUCUGGCUGGAGCCCUGGGCUGGGCCUGUACCUGGGCGUCAGCGGCCGGCGGUCCCAUCACCUUGAGACUCAGCACUCUCCAGUGGACUCUUCUUUCAGAAGAAAAGCCAAAGGCAAGAGGCCUCAGGAGGCCCAAGAGGUCCAGGAAGAGAGCGGACUGAGCACGUGGGCAGCUGGCGUGGGUUCCCAGGUGACCGACCUCCCCCUGCACUGGAGCCGCGGCCCUGGGAACUUCCCGACGAUGUCUGACCAGGAUUUGAGGCAGGGGCCGAGGAGCGGCCUCUCCUGCCUGUUCCCCGCUCCGUCCUGCCCUCCGUCCCCUGAUCCCAUCCUGGCUGUGCGGCCAGCCUCCCCCGCUGUGCCCACCCCCGACGCCAGGCCUAGUGUCACAGCAACGCUCAUCAGUGGAGGCGUGCCCGGGCUCCUGGGGGUGACCCGUGUGUUCCCCAUCGACUUGGCCGAGGCUCGGCUACAGAACCAGAGUGGACAGGAAAGCUACAAAGGAACGUAUUCCCUAUGCCUGCAGACGCCCCACCCUCGCGGUUUCCUUCCAGGAGCUGUGGUGAACCUGACCGCAGUCACCCCAGAGAAGGCCGUCAAGCUGGCGGCCAGUGACGUCCGGCAGCAGCUCCUGGAGGAGGACGGGGCGCGGUGGAAUCUGAAGCUGGAGAUGCUCGCCGGGUGUGGAGCUGGGCUGUGCCAGGCGGCGGUCACCUGUCCCCUGGAAAUGCUCAAGAUUCCGCUGCAGCGUGCUGGGCGCCUGGGUGAGGCCUCUCCCACCUUCGAGGAUAAGGAAUUGACGGAGGAGGGGGUCCUACCACAGUUUCCUAUAAAGAAAGCUGGGCAGGCAGUGGCCGUGCCCUUGGGAAGCAGCCUAAGCAGCAGGGACAUCCUAUUAGAUAACAUAGACCCGAGAGAGAGCUCCCUGGAGCCAAGAACUGAUGUCCUCAAGUUAGGACAACCCUUAGCUCUAGGAAGGGCGGGGCCCAAGGGGCUGCCUUCCCUCCCCGUAGCCUGUCGCCAGGGUUCUGCCGCCAGCCCUGCCCUGCGGGGCCCCCUUUACCCCGGCAGGCGCCCGGCCGCAGCCCUCAUCGCCAGGGAGCUGCUCCGCACCCAGGGCCUGGUGGGGCUCUACCGGGGGCUGGGAGCCGCCCUUCUCAGGGACAUCCCCUUCUCCGUCAUCUACUUCCCCCUGUUCGCCAAACUGAACCUCCUGGGGGUCAGGGAGCCCACGGGGAAGGCCUCCUUCGCUCACUCCUUCACGUCCGGCUGUGUCGCAGGCCCGGUGACGCCGCUGGAUGUUUUGAAAACUUGAAUCCAAACCCUCAAGAAAGGCCGGGGUGAGGACAGCUACAGCGGCCUCACCGACUGUGCCAGGAAACUGUGGGGCCAGGAGGGCCCUGGUCAUAGCCCUGCUGUUCGGGGUCACCCAGUAGGUGCUCUGCGGCGCCUACUUCUCAGCGUCGGCAAGCGCCUCAAGGGUUUCGAGUAG